AUGAUAUUAUUCAUUAUCUAUCUAUCUAUCUAUCUAUCUAUCUAUCUAUCUAUCUAUCUAUCUAAUAUUAUUCAUAUCUAUCUAUCUAUCUAUCUAUCUAUCUAUCUAUCUAUCUAUCUGAGAAUUUUAAAUACUACAAGCACAGUCGUUCACCCCAUUUUUUAUCUAUCUAUCUAUCUAUCUAUCUAUCUAUCUAUCUAUCUAUCUAUCUAUCGCGCUAUAGAUGACUAUCACUUUCCCAUUCAAACAUCAGGCAGCAUAGAUGACUAUCACUUUCCCUUUCAUAUAUCAGGCAAUAUAGAUGACUAUCACUUUUUCUACCAUGCAUCAGGCGGUAUAGAUGACUAUCACUUUCCCUUUCAUACAUCAUGCGGUAUAUAUGACUACCACUUUCCCUUUCAUACAUCAGGAAGUAUAUAUGACUAUCUCUUUCGCUUUCAUACAUCAGGCGGUAUAGAUGACUAUCACUUUCCCUUUAAUAUAUCAGGCAAGAUAUAUGACUAUCACUUCCCCUUUCAUACAUCAGGCAGUAUAGAUUACUAUCACUUUCCCUUUCAUGCAUCGGGCUCUAUAGAUGACUAUCACUUUUCCUUUCAUACAUCAGUCACUAAAGAUGACUAUCACUUUCCCUUUCAUACAUCAGGCUGUAUAGAUGACUAUCACUUUCCCUUUAAUAUAUCAGGCAAGAUAUAUGACUAUCACUUUCCCUUUCAUACAUCAGGCAGUAUAGAUUACUAUCACUUUCCCUUUCAUGCAUCGGGCUCUAUAGAUGACUAUCACUUUCCCUUUCAUACAUCAGGCGGUAUAGAUGAGAUUCACUUUCCAUUUCAUACAUCAGGCAGUAUAGAUGACUAUCACUUUCCUUUUCAUACAUCAGGUAGUAUAGAUGACUAUCACUUUCCCUUUCAAACAUCAGGCGGUAUAGAUUACUAUCACUUUCCCUUUCAUACAUCAGGAAGUAUAUAUGAAUAUCACUUUCCCUUUCAUACAUCAUGCUGUAUAGAUGACUAUCACUUUCCCUUUCAUACAUCAGGCAGUAUAUAUGACUAUCACUUUCCCUUUCAUACAUCAGGCAGUAUAGAUGACUAUCACUUUCCCUUUCAUACAUCAUGCGGUAUAUAUGACUAUCACUUUCCCUUUCAUACAUCAGGCAGUAUAUAUGACUAUCACUUUCCCUUUCAUACAUCAGGCAGUAUAGAUGACUAUCACUUUCCCUUUCAUACAUCGGUCGCUAUAGAUGACUAUCACUUUCCCUUUCAUACAUCAGGCGGUACAGAUGCCUAUCACUUUCCCUUUAAUACAUCAUGCGGCGGUAUAGAUGACUAUCACUUUCCCUUUCAUACAUCGUGUUCUAUUGAUGACUCUCACUUUCCCUUUCAUACAUCAGGUGGUAUAGAUGACUAUCACUUUCCCUUUCAUGCAUCGGGCGCUAUAGGUGAGUAUCACUUUCCCUUUCAUGCAUCGGGCGCUAUAGAUGACUAUCACUUUCCCUUUCAUGCAUGGGGCACUAUAGAUGACUAUCACUUUCCCUUUCAUGCAUCGGGCGCUAUAGAUAACUAUCACUUUCCCUUUCAUGCAUGGGGCACUAUAGAUGACUAUCACUUUCACUUUCAUGCAUCGGGCAGUAUAGAUGACUAUAACUUUCCCUUUCAUACAUCGGGCGCUAUAGAUGACUAUCACUUUCCCUUUCAUACAUCAGGCAGUAUAGAUGACUAUCACUUUCCCUUUCAUACAUCAGGAAAUGUCUAUCACUUUCUCUUUCAUACUUCAGGCGGUAUAGAUGACUAUCACUUUCCCUUUCAUGCAUCGGACGCAAUAGAUGACUAUCACUUUCCCUUUCAUACAUCAGGCAGUAUAGAUGACAAUCACUUUCCUUUUUAUAUAUCAGGCAGUAUAGAUGACAAUCACUUUCCCUUUCAUACAUCAGGCGGUAUAGAUGACUAUCACUUUCCCUUUCAUACAUCAGGUGGUAUAGAUGACUAUCACUUUCCCUUUCAUACAUCAGGCGGUACAGAUGACUAUCACUUUCCCUUUCAUGCAUCGGGCCAUGACUAUCACUUUCCCUUUCAUACAUCAGGCAGUAUAGAUGACUAUCACUUUCCCUUUCAUACAUCAGGUAGUAUAGAAGACUAUCACUUUCCCUUUCAUGCAUCAGGCAGUAUAGAUGACUAUCACUUUCCCUUUCAUACAUCAGGCGGUAUAGAUGACUAUCACUUUCCCUUUCAUGCGUCGGGCGCUAUAGAUGACUAUCACUUUCCCUUUCAUGCAGCGGGCGCUAUAGAUGACUAUCACUUUCCCUUAUAUGCAUCGGGCAGUAUAGAUGACUAUCACUAUCCCUUUCAUACAUCAGGUAGCAUAGAUGGCUAUCACUUUCCCUUUCAUACAUCGGGCGCUAUAGAUGACUAUCACUUUCCCUUUCAUACAUCAGGCGGUAUAGAUGACAAUCACUUUCCCUUUCAUACAUCAGGCAGUAUAAAUGAGUAUCACUUUCCUUUUCAUACAUCAGGCAGUAUAGAUGACUAUCACUUUCCCUUUCAUACAUCAGGCGGUAUAGAUGACUAUCACUUUCCCUUUCAUACAUCAGGUAGUAUAGAUGAGUAUCACUUUCCCUUUCAUACAUCAGGUGGUAUAGAUGACUAUCACUUUCCCUUUCAUGCAUCGGGCGCUAUAGGUGACUAUCACUUUCCCUUACAUGCAUGGUGCACUAUAGAUGACUAUCACUUUCCCUUUCAUACAUCAGGCAGUAUAGAUGACUAUCACUUUCCCUUUCAUGCAUCAGGCAGUAUAGAUGACUAUCACUUUCCCUUUCAUACAUCGGGCAGCAUAGAUGACUAUCACUUUCCCUUUCAUACAUCAGGCGGUAUAGAUGACAAUCACUUUCCCUUUCAUACAUCAGGCGGCAGUAUAGAUGACUAUCACUUUCCCUUUCAUACAUCAGGCGGUAUAGAUGACUAUCACUUUCCCUUUCAUGCAUCGGGCGCUAUAGAUGACUAUCACUUUCCCUUUCAUGCAUGGUGCACUAUAUAUGACUAUCACUUUCCCUUUCAUACAUCGGGCGCUAUAGAUGACUAUCACUUUCCCUUUCAUGCAUCGGACGCUAUAGAUGUCUAUCACUUUCCCUUUCAUACAUCAGGCAGUAUAGAUGACUAUCACUUUCCUUUUCAUAUAUCAGGCAGUAUAGAUGACUAUCACUUUCCCUUUCAUACAUCGGGCACUAUAGAUGACUAUCACUUUCCCUUUCAUACAUCAGGCGGCGGUAUAGAUGACUAUCACUUUCCCUUUCAUACAUUGUGUUCUAUUGAUGACUAUCACUUUCCCUUUCAUACAUCAGGUGGUAUAGAUGACUAUCACUUUCCCUUUCAUGCAUCGGGCGCUAUAGAUGACUAUCACUUUCCCUUUCAUACAUCAGGUAGUAUAGAUGACUAUCACUUUCCCUUUCAUACAUCAGGCAGUAUAGAUGACUAUCACUUUCCCUUUCAUGCAUCAGGCAGUAUAGAUGACUAUCACUUUCCCUUUCAUACAUCGGGCAGCAUAGAUGACUAUGACUUUCCCUUUCAUACAUCAGGCAGUAUAGAUGACAAUCACUUUCCCUUUCAUACAUCAGCCAGUAUAGAUGACUAUCACUUUCCUUUUCAUACAUCAGGCAGCGGUAUAGAUGACUAUCACUUUCCCUUUCAUGCAUCGGGCGCUAUAGAUGACUAUCACUUUCCCUUUCAUGCAUCGGGCGCAAUAGAUGAUUAUCACUUUCCCUUUCAUGCAUCGGGCAGUAUAGAUGACUAUCACUUUCCCUUUCAUACAUCGGCCGCUAUAGAUGACUAUCACUUUCCCUUUCAUGCAUCGGGCGCUAUAGAUGACUAUCACUUUUCCUUUCAUACAUCAGUCAGUAAAGAUGCCUAUCACUUUCCCUUUCAUACAUCAGGCUAUGACUAUCACUUUCCCUUUCAUACAUCAGGCUGUAUAGAUGACUAUCACUUUCCCUUUAAUACAUCAGGCAAGAUAUAUGACUAUCACUUUCCCGUUUAUACAUCAGGCAGUAUAAAUUCCUAUCACUUUCCCUUUCAUGCAUCGGGCUCUAUAGAUGACUAUCACUUUCCCUUUCAUACAUCAGGAUGUAUAGAUGACUAUCACUUUCCCUUUCAUGCAUCUGGCUCUAUAGAUGACUAUCACUUUCCCUUUCAUACAUCAGGCAGUAGAGAUGACUAUCACUUUCCCUUUCAUACAUCGGGCGCUAUAGAUGACUAUCACUUUACCUACCAUGCAUCAGACAGUAUAUAUGACUCUCACUUUCCCUUCCAUACAUCAGCCGGUGUAGAUCAUUGGGUUUUAUGUCAUCUAAACUAG